AUGGCAUCAAGUAAAGAAUUCAAGGAAGACAGAGCCGAAGCAGCUGCAAAGCUAGCAGCAAAAGACAUCAGCGAUGUAAACAGAUCAAACGAAAGAGAACAAGGUUACAAUCUUCGGUCUGAAACACAGUUCAAACAAGCUCGAGCUGAAGCAGCCGCGAAACUCGCUGCUAAGGAUCUCGAAGACGUUAACCGAGCAAGAGAGAGUGGAUUCAAUGCACAAGAAGAGAAGAAACCAGGUGUUAUUGGUUCAAUGUUUAAAGCAGCGAAAGAAGCUGUUGUUGGUAAGAGUAGCGAACCUCAUGAAAAAGUGAGGGAAAGUUCAGAUUAUGGUGCAGAGAAAGCGAGGGAUGCGAGAGACACUACUGCGAAUAAAGCCGGGGUGUAUGCUGAUUAUGCUGCAGAGAAAGCAAGGGAAGCGAAAGAUGCUACUAAUAAAGCUGGGCAGUAUGCUGAUAAUGCUGCAGAGAAAGCUAGAGGAGCGAAAGAUGCUACUAAUAAAGCAGGGCAGUAUGCUGAUAGUGCUGCAGAGAAUGUAAGGGGAGCAAAAGAUGCAACUGAUAAAGCGGGACAGUAUGCUGCUACUGCUGCAGAGAGAGCAAGAGGAGCGCAAGAUGCUACUAACAAAACAGGAGAGUAUGCCGACUAUGCUGCAGAGAAAGCAAGAGGAGCCAAAGAUGUUUCAAAUAAAGUGAAUGAGUAUGCUGCUAAUGCUGCAGAGAAGGCAAGAGGAGCGAAAGAUGUUACUAAUAAAGCAGGUGAGUAUGCUGAGUAUGCUGCAGAAAAAGCGAGGGAAGCGAAAGCAUGGGAAGAGAAACAAAACUUUGCUGCAGAGAAGGCGAGGGAAAACGAACAGAAGUAUGCUGCAGAAAAAGCUAGGGAAGCGAAAGCAAUGGAGGACAGAAACUAUGCUGCAGAGAAGGCAAGGGAAGCAAAAGAUGCUGCAGCGAAUAAAGCUGGAGAGUUUAGGGAUUAUACUGCUGAGAAGGCUAAAGAAGGGAAAGACUCUACUGUGGGGAAGCUUGGGGAGUUGAAGGAAAGAGCUAUGGGUUUCUUUACGGGAAAGAAAGAUGAAACUAAGGAUAUGCUACGUGCGAGUGAAGAAGAUGCUAGGAUGAGAAUGGAUGAUUUGAGGAUGGAAGGAGGAGGGAGGGGUAGAGAGAAAGUGGUGGUGGAGGUGGACGAGACUCGUCCGGGAGUGGUGGCGGAUGGGUUGAGGGCAGCGGCGGAUGUGAGGACAGCGGCGACUGGAGUAAGUCAGAGUGGUGCGGGACGUUUGGAGGAAGAAGGCACAGUUCAUGUUGAACGUCGUCGUGAGAAAAUAUGA